AUGUCCAAAUUGUUUGUUGGAGGCCUUGCGUGGCACACUACCGAUGAUACUCUCCGUGAAGGCUUCUCCAAGUAUGGAAACAUCGAGGAGGCUAUCGUUGUGAAGGAUCGCGAUACCAACCGCAGUCGCGGCUUUGGCUUUGUCCGUUUCUCUAAUGAGAGCGAGGCUGAUGCUGCGAUGAACGCGAUGAGCAACCAGGAGUUCGAUGGCCGCAUCAUUCGCGUCGACAAGGCGGCUGAUCGCCAGCCUGGCCAGCGCAAUGAGGGCUUCGGCCGCAGCAACUAUAACCGCUUUGAUAACGGCGGUGCCGGUGGCUACAACCGAGGUGGCUAUGGUGGCGGUAACAAUGGCGGUGGCUAUGAGCAGCGUCAAGGUGGUGGUGGUGGUAGUGUAAAGGCUGGGGCGGUGGCUACCAACAGAACUGGUCCAACCAGAACCAAGGUGGAUCUAAUGCUUGAACGACGAGUCAAGUCGGAUGAUGAGGCCUCUAAAAAAAACUCGGCUUCCCCAAUACCUCCAACUCCCACCUCAAAAACGAUAAUGGAAAAAGCCUGA